GGGGACGUUAAGCCAAGAAGAAGAUAUAAAGACAAAGAACGUGUGUUUCUAAAAUAUGCUUAAGAGAAGGUCAUCUCUUUCGUAACAAAUUGAUUAUCAUUUUGAAUGGCUUAUUUUCGGAACCGCUAGGACAAGUUGCGCAUCACGCGAGAAUCAAGGUAAACCGGUACAACCCUAUUAGCGUGCUCAGUCGAACAGAAAGCGUAUAGCGCAGAUAAGCUCGCGCGUUGCGUUGUGUUAUCCCGUUGUGCCUCUCAAGUAUGCCAGUGGAAUUCUGCGCGAGCAAGUGUUCGCACACGUCGUCUCCUCCUCCAAGAAACAGGUUCUAGAUUGUAAGGGUUGAUCGGGUUGACGUCAACGCAAAAAGUGACUUAUUUAGGGUUUAAAAAACAAACAUGGGUUCCGAAAUGGAUGCUCAGAAAAAUGACGAUCAGCCAAACAGCUAUCUGCAAGGCCUACUCGGAGAUGGUGCGAAAACGCAAGUGGAUGUUGAUGUUGAUGCGUAUGAACUCCAAUUACCACCAUGGUACGAAGAUGAUAAGUUCAAACGGGCGCAGCGCUACUUCAAGCAGAACUUCUUCGCGAUGUUUGUGGCGAAACUGUGUGGACUUUUGGUUGUGUUGGCUGUGCCCAGCAUUUUGAACGUCCUCAUAUAUACGAACCAAUCUUCGACGGCGGUAACGGCCUACAGACGCUACAUUGCAACCAUAAUGCACACCCUGAACUGGUACUACGAAGACUUACUGCCGGGAACUGCAGCGUGGAAAUCGAUUGCAUUCGUGAGAAGAGGUCACGUUGCAGCCAGCAAGAGGAGCAGUGCCAAAUUGGCGGGCAGAAUUGUGUCCCAGAAGGACAUGGCCGUGACACAGUUUGGAUUUGUUGGGUACACCGUAUUGUGCUACAAGAAGCUGGGAAUUGUCUACAAUAAGGAAGACAUGGAAGCGUUGGUUCAUUUCUGGAGAGUCAUUGGGUACAUGAUCGGAAUUCAUGAUCGUUACAACCUCUGUACCGACAACCUAGCCGCCACCGAGGAUCGAAUGAGGCAAGUGCAGGAACACAUCUUGAGGCCCGCUCUUCUGACCCAGACGGAGAAUUUCGAGAAGAUGGGCAGAGCGUUGAUCGAUGGCUUGUGGUGCUUCAACCCGUUCCUGGACUUUGAUGCGUUUCUGUUCAUGACGGCGCGACUCACCGGCGUACCCGGCUAUCAUUACUGGACAGAAGAACUGCCUUCGCCGGAUAGCGAAACCAAGUACGGAAGCUUUAGCCGAUACAGUCGGUUCAUCUUGUACUUCCUGCUGCUGGUUCAUGAAGUGUGGUUGACUUCAACUCUCUUCAGGUGGUACCUAAACAGCCAGAUGGUUAUGUCAAGGUUCCUUAUUACGUACUUCCCGUUCUUGGCUAUCUUCAAGUUCGGCAUCGGUGACUCUUACGUUCGGAUAUUGAAAUAGAUCACACGAGGCUAGCUCCAGUUGAUUUCUUAAAACUUUAUUUUAUUUAAGUAGGUUCCUUAGGUAGUGAUUAAACGUUACCCUGUUGUUUUACUGCUAAAUACAAAUUAAAAAGAUUA